UUCCGACCAGCCCUGGGGCCCGGGUAGGGUUGGGAAGUGAUGGAGCAGGCGGAGGCAGAGGCGACGGAGUGUUGAGUGGAACCUGCGGAAUCAGCCGAGAUGGGGUCGGGCGCAAGCUCGUCCUUUGGGACCCUCUGCUUCCAGUGGCUGCUGUUGUUUGGCCUGCUGGGUCCAGUCCUCGAUGGGGCGCGGCCAGGCUUUCAACAGACCUCACGUCUCUCUUCUUAUGAAAUUAUAACUCCUUGGAGGUUAACUAGAGAACGAAGAGAAGCCCCCAGGCCCUAUUCAAAACAGGUAUCUUACGUCAUUCAGGCUGAAGGAAAAAAACGUAUUAUUCACCUGGAAAUGAACAAAGACCUUUUGCCCAAAGAUUUUGUAGUUUAUACCUACAACAAGGAAGGGGCUUUGAUCUCUGACCAUCCUAAUAUACAGAAUCAUUGUCAUUAUUGGGGCUAUGUGGAAGGAGUUUCUAAUUCAUCUGUUGCUCUUAGCGACUGUUUUGGACUCAGAGGAUUGCUGCAUUUAGAUAACACAAGUUAUGGGAUUGAACCCCUGCAAAAUAGUUCUCGUUUUGAGCAUAUUGUUUAUCGAAUGGAUGCAGUCCACAAAGAGCCUCUGAAAUGUGGGGUUUCCAACAAGGAUGUAGAGAAGGAAACCACAAAGGAUGAAGAGGAAGAGUCUCCGAGUAUGACUCAGCUACUUCGAAGAAGAAGAGCUGUCCUGCCACAGACCCGGUAUGUGGAGCUGUUCAUCGUAGUAGAUAAGGAAAAGUAUGACACAAUGGGGAGAAACCAGACUGCUGUGAGAGAAGAGAUGAUUCGUUUAGCAAACUACUUAGACAGCAUGUAUAUUAUGUUAAAUAUUCGCAUUGUACUAGUUGGACUGGAGAUUUGGACAAACGGAAACCUGAUCAGCAUAACUGGAGGUGCUGGUGAUGUGUUGGGAAACUUUGUACAGUGGCGGGAAAAGUUCCUUAUAACACGUCGGCGGCAUGACAGUGCACAGCUAGUUCUGAAGAAGGGUUUUGGUGGGACUGCAGGAAUGGCAUUUGUGGGAACAGUGUGUUCAAGGAGCCAUGCAGGCGGGAUUAAUGUGUUUGGGCAAAUCACUGUCGAGACAUUCGCAUCCAUUGUUGCUCAUGAGCUGGGUCAUAACCUUGGAAUGAAUCAUGAUGAUGGAAGAGAUUGUUUUUGUGGAGCAAAGAGCUGCAUCAUGAAUUCAGGAGCAUCAGGUUCCAGAAACUUCAGCAGUUGCAGUGCAGAGGACUUUGAAAAGUUAAUUUUAAAUAAAGGAGGAAACUGCCUUCUUAAUAUUCCAAAGCCAGAUGAAGCUUAUAGUGCUCCUUUCUGUGGUAAUAAAUUGGUGGACCCUGGGGAAGAGUGUGACUGUGGUACUCCAAAGGAAUGUGAAUUGGACCCUUGUUGUGAAGCAAGUACUUGUAAGCUUCAGUCAGGUGCUGAAUGUGCAUAUGGUGACUGUUGCAAAAACUGUUUGUUCCUUCCAGGAGGUACUUUAUGCCGAGGAAAAAGCAAUGAAUGUGAUGUUCCAGAGUAUUGCAAUGGUUCUUCUCAGUUCUGUCAGCCAGAUGUUUUUAUUCAGAAUGGAUAUCCUUGCCAGAAAAACAAAGCCUAUUGUUACAAUGGCAUGUGCCAGUAUUAUGAUGCUCAGUGUCAAGUCAUCUUUGGCUCAAAAGCCAAGGCUGCCCCAAGAGAUUGUUUCAUUGAUGUGAAUUCUAAAGGUGACAGAUUUGGCAAUUGUGGUUUCUCUGGCAAUGAAUAUAAGAAGUGUGCCACUGGGAAUGCUUUGUGUGGAAAGCUUCAAUGUGAGAAUGUACAAGGCAUGUCUGUAUUUGGAGUUGUGCCUGCUAUUAUUCAAACCCACCAUAGAGGCACAACAUGUUGGGGUGUGGAUUUCCAGCUAGGAUCCGAUGUUCCAGAUCCUGGGAUGGUGAAUGAAGGCACACAAUGUGGUGUUGGAAAGAUCUGUAGAAACUUCCAGUGUGUAAAUGCUUCUGUUCUGAAUUAUGACUGUGAUAUUCAGAAAAAGUGUCAUGGACAUGGGGUAUGUAAUAGCAAUAAGAAUUGUCACUGUGAAAAUGGCUGGGCUCCCCCAAAUUGUGAGACUAAAGGAUACGGAGGAAGUGUGGACAGUGGACCUACAUACAAUGAAAAGAAUACUUCACUGAGGGAUGGACUUCUGGUGUUCUUCUUCCUAAUUGUUCCCCUUAUUGCAUUUGCUGCUUUUGUCUUCAUCAAGAGAGAUCAGUUACAGAAAAGCUGCUUCAGAAAGAAGAGAUCACGAACAUCCAAGUCAGAUGACAAAAAUCAAGCAAAUGUUUCUAGACAACCAGUGGGUGACCCUCGCUUUGUUCCUCCAGUGUCUCCUCCCGGGGAAGCUCCUGUAUAUGCAAACAGAUUUCCAGUAUCAACCUAUGCAGCCAAGCAACCUCAACAGUUCCCAUCAAGACCACCUCCACCACAACCGAAAGUAUCAUCUCAGGGAAAUUUAAUUCCUGCUCGUCGUGCUCCUGCACCUCCUUUGUAUAGUUCUGUUACUUGAUUUUUUCCCUUUCCUUUUUCCGAUGUCUUCAGGGAACUGAGCUAAUACUAUUUUUAUUUUCCUGAUAUACCUUUCUUCCUGCUGCAACUAUGAAUGGAAACAAACUACCACAAAAAAAAUACUAACACAGAAAGACAGGAACUAAGUAGUGGGAGUUGAGAAAUAUAAGGAAAUGCAUUAAAGCCAGGGAAUUUGGGAAAAUGUUUCUGUUUCAUCACUGAAUAAUCAUUAUUAGGUCAUCUAUGUGGUUAAUGCACUUAACAUGGAUUAUGUUAUUCUGAAUAUGUGAUUGUAAUGAUUCUCAAAUUAACUGUAUUAGAUUAAGUUUUGUCAUUGUGUGCUUAAAUGUUAUUCUGAAUUUUUGACUUCAGUUAUUAUUAAUGUAGAUUCUGGUUGAACAGGUGAUAAUCUAAUACCUGUGAAAAUGGACUAAUUAGCUACCAGUAAUGUUUUUCAUCUUGCAUGGAGUAACAAUCAUCAUUGUUAUCUUCAGAAGAUUGCACAAGAUCCACAACUAUGAUGUCAUAAUAUUUUUUAAAAGAUUAAGAUACUCUAAAAGCAUGUGUGUUUGUAUUCACACAGUUAUUAGCUCCAUUUUUAUGAACUUCAGCUAUAGACAAUGAAUAUUAGAAAAGUUAAUUUAAUAUUAGAAUUUCUAUUAUGAAUCAUGUUAAAGCAUGGGAUCCUUUUACAAUAGCAUAAUUAUUUUAAAUAAAUUAUAAGAUUUAAGGUACGAAGUAUUUAAUAGAGCUAAUCUGAUAUUCUGUUGAUUCAUGGCUAUAAUAAAGCACGAAAAAUUAUAAUAUUUUAAUCAGUUGAGCUGUUACGACA